AUGGUUUGGACUGUGAUGUCUCCGUCCAUAACGAGAAAAUGCAGGCCGUACCUUCUCAAGAAUCGUUUUUGGGUGUCAAUGGCUGCUCGCAGCAUAAUAACUAGUAGCGUGAGCUCACCGGUUAACCUUUCAUCCAAAUCCCUUUCUGGGUCGAAUAGCAAACCUCUAUUUUCUUUAGCUUUUGGAUCGUUUAACAAACCAAGAAAUAAAGUUUCCUUCUUGAUUCGUGGUAUGGGCUCCUCUGCUUCUUCACCCAAACCAGACAGCGCUCAAGAGGUCAGCAAUAAAGAUUUUAGCUCAGUUAGUGAUGAGGAGUGGAAGAAGCGGCUGACAGGACAACAAUUUUACAUUACACGGCAAAAGGGUACUGAGAGGGCUUUUACUGGGGAAUAUUGGGACACCAAAACUCCCGGCACUUAUCAUUGCGUUUGUUGUGACACUCCACUCUUCGAAUCAUCCACCAAGUUUGAUAGUGGAACCGGGUGGCCAUCGUAUUACAAGCCUGUUGGAAACAAUGUGAAAUCAAAGUUAGACUUGUCCAUCAUUUUCAUGCCUCGCCAGGAAGUUUUGUGUGCAGCUUGUGAUGCUCAUCUAGGUCAUGUAUUUGACGAUGGCCCCGAACCUACUGGAAAACGCUACUGCAUCAAUAGUGCUGCCUUGAAAUUGAAACCAAAAUAGGAAGUAUCAAAGGGUGGACAGGAAGGAUGUGAAUCUGUGGCAUUAAAGAUGUAUGCCUGUAAUUUUCCAGCUUUGCUUGGUGACUUCAAUGUACCUCAGUUGUUUGAGUCAUUGUAUAUGUAACAUUCAACUUCUUAUGGAUGAACACACAUUUAUGUAAAAUUUAACCCUUAUGAUGUAAUUUGUAAAAUCGACUCAAUUUGAUCUUCCAUUACAAAUUUGACACAUUGUAUAUGUAAAAUUUAACCA